AUGGCCGAGGUCGGCGAGGACGGCGGGGCCCGCGCCCUGCUGGCGCUGCGCUCGGCGCCCUGCAGCCCGGUGCUGUGCGCCGCGGCCUUCCCGCCCGCCGCGCCCGCCGCCGCCCCGUCGCCGUCGCCGCCGCCGCCCGCCCAGCCCCCGCCGCCCCCGCCGCCGCCGCCGGGCGCGAUCGCGGGGGGCGCGGCGGGCGAGGCCCUGGUGGCCGCGGCCGCCGCCUCGGUGCGCCGGAGCCCCGGGCCCGCGCUGGCGCGCCUGGAGGGCCGCGAGUUCGAGUUCCUCAUGCGGCAGCCCAGCGUCACCAUCGGCCGCAACUCGUCGCAGGGCUCGGUGGACCUGAGCAUGGGCCUGUCCAGCUUCAUCUCGCGGCGCCACCUGCAGCUCAGCUUCCAGGAGCCGCACUUCUACCUGCGCUGCCUCGGCAAGAACGGCGUCUUCGUGGACGGGGCCUUCCAGCGGCGCGGCGCGCCAGCCCUGCAGCUGCCCAAGCAGUGCACCUUCCGCUUCCCCAGCACGGCGAUAAAGAUCCAGUUCACGUCGCUGUACCACCAGGAGGAGGCCCCCGCGUCCCCCCUGCGGCCGCUCUACCCACAGAUCUCCCCGCUGAAGAUCCACAUCCCGGAGCCGGACCUCCGGAGCCUGGUCAGCCCCAUCCCUUCCCCGACCGGCACCAUCAGUGUCCCCAACUCCUGCCCAGCCAGCCCCCGAGGGGCCGGUUCCUCCAGCUACCGCUCCGUCCAGAACGUGACCUCCGACCUGCAGCUGGCCGCAGAGUACGCCGCGAGGGCCGCUGAGCAGCAGGCUGACGCGUCCGGAGGGGACAGCCCCAAGGACGAGUCGAAGCCGCCGUACUCCUACGCUCAGCUCAUCGUGCAGGCCAUCUCGUCCGCGCAGGACCGGCAGCUGACCCUGAGCGGCAUCUACGCACACAUCACCAAGCAUUACCCUUACUACCGCACGGCCGACAAGGGCUGGCAGAACUCCAUCCGCCACAACCUCUCCCUGAACCGCUACUUCAUCAAGGUCCCCCGCUCCCAGGAGGAGCCGGGGAAGGGGUCCUUCUGGCGGAUAGACCCUGCCUCGGAGACCAAGCUGGUGGAGCAGGCGUUCCGGAAACGGAGGCAGCGGGGCGUCUCCUGCUUCCGCACCCCCUUCGGGCCGCUGUCGUCCAGGAGCGCCCCAGCUUCACCCACCCACCCCGGGCUGAUGUCCCCACGUUCCAGUGGCCUGCAGACUCCAGAGUGCCUGUCCCGGGAGGGCUCGCCCAUUCCACACGACCCUGACUUUGGGGCCAAGUUAGCUUCUGUUCCCGAGUACCGCUAUUCUCAAAGCGCACCCGGCUCUCCAGUCAGCGCCCAGCCGGUGAUCAUGGCCGUGCCGCCCCGGCCGCCCAGCUUGGUGGCCAAGCCCGUCGCCUACAUGCCGGCGUCCAUCGUGACGGCCCAGCAGCCCUCGGGCCACGCCAUCCAUGUGGUGCAGCAGGCGCCCCCGGUCACCAUGCUCAGGGUGGUCACCACCUCCGCCAACUCCGCCAACGGAUACAUUCUCGCCAGCCAGGCCGCGGCGGGGGGCGCCCACGAGGCGGCGGGCACAGCUGUGCUGGACCUGGGCGGUGAGGCGAGAGGCCUGGAAGAGAAGCCAACCAUUGCACUCGCCACCAUCCCCGCCGCCAGCCGGGUGAUCCAGACGGUGGCCAGCCAGAUGGCCCCGGGGGUCCCGGGACACACGGUCGCCAUCCUGCAGCCAGCCACGCCAGUGACCCUGGGGCAGCACCACCUCCCGAUCCGCGCCGUCACUCAGAACGGCAAGCACGCCGUCCCCACCAGCAGCCUUGCCAGCAAUGCUUACGCCCUCACCAGCCCUCUGCAGCUCCUCGCGGCCCAGGCCAGCUCGUCCACGCCGGUGGUGGUCACGCGCGUGUGCGAGGUGGGGCCCGAGGAGCCGGCGGCCACCAGCACGGCGCCCCCCACUGCCGCCGCCGCCUCGCCCACCGGGGAGCCCGAGGUCAAGAGGUCCCGAGUGGAGGAGCCCGUGGGGACUGUGACUGCACAGGCUGGCGUGAUGGCAGCUGCCGGCGCGCAGGGCCCCGGGACCGGGGAGUGA